CCACCGGUCGGAUUGUAUGAUUUGUUUGCAACUUUAAUUCGCAGUUGGGAAAUAUAUGUGAAAUAUAAUUCUAAUAUUAUGGCAAAAAAGUGCGUAGUGAAGGGAUGCCGUUCCGGGAAAAUAGGGAAGUGUAGCCUAUUUAGGUUCCCAGAAAGCAGUACAGAUUUGCUGACAAAUAAACUUAACACGGAGCGAAGGAAACGGUGGCUGGUUGCGCUACGUAUACGAAGCGAUCCAAAAUGGAAUUAUGUUUGUGGCCGACACUUCGUUUCUGGUAAACCUGCACGUCUGAACGAAUUGAAUGACGUAGAUUGGGUACCUACAAAGGAACUGCCUAACGUCAGUUUGAAAUUUGAUCCAGACAGUGACGACUUCUCUUCUUAUGACAAAGUAGAAGGACAAGACGAAGAAGAUACGAUGAAGGCCAGCGACGAAGCUGUCCAGGGUUCCGAAUCUGAUGUACUCAUGUACGAUGCUCCAGAACCAAGACCAGAACAAAUUAAAGAAAAUACACUGAAUGUUCCAACCGAGGAAUUUUCUAUCACGGAAUCGAAUACCACUGCAAUACAACAUGUUUCUUCCGACGAUCUACCUUCAAAUAACCCUUCAGAGACAGAAACCAGAGGAUCAAAGCAAAAUAAUGACUCAGAUUACCAACAAUUCGAUGAUCAUACAAAUGUUGCCACAUACUCCAUGGCACUAUCAACUGAAAAAAAAGAUGUUGGAAUUCAAGCAGGGGGAGUGUGCUGGUCUAAAGAAAUAUUUCAAAAAUAUUACUCCGAAGUUCUAAGAUUGCAGGCUAGAAAUUACGAAUUAGAGUCCAAAUUGCUAGCAACAAGAAGAGGACUAAACUUCAUCAACAACGAUCAAAGCUGCAAAUAUUUCACAGGGGUGGCCAAAUUUUCAGUUUUGUUCAAGCUUUAUAAGUAUCUGGAAUCCUCGCUUGAUGAACCGUAUUGCGAAUUUUCGAAGGAUCAAAUGUUUUUAAUGACUUUGACAAAACUGAGACUAAAUUCUCAAUUAACAUCUUUGGCGCAUGACUACAAUGUGAGUGUGACAACAAUAUCCAAAUAUUUUCAUCGCACACUGUACAUAAUCUACGAAUGCUGUAAAUGGGCAAUCAAACCAACUCAAAAAUCAGUCGUAUUGCGGCAUACACCGGAUAAAUUUGUGAAGCAAUUUGGCUCCAGGAGGGUGUAUAUAAUAGAUUGUUUCGAAGUUAUGUGCCAAACGCCGUCUGACCUAAAAGCCGCCUGUAGUCACUACAGCAACUAUAAAAAGCAUGAGACUGUCAAGUUUUUGAUUGCCAUGAACCCCGAUGGCACAGUGGCAUUCAUUUCAAGCGGCUUUGCUGGAAGGUGUUCAGACAAAGAAAUAUUCAGACAGAGCAAAUUUAUUGAUUUAGUAGAUGAGGGUGACGUAGUUUUAGCCGAUAAAGGAUUUGACAUAGCCGAUGUAAUAGCAAGUAAGAAAGCUAUUUUGAACAUUCCGAAUUUUCUCCGCAAAAAGAAACAAUUUUCAUUGAACGAACUAAAUGACGACAAACAAAUAACUACACAUCGGAUUCAUGUAGAACGAAUAAUAGGAAAUAUUAGAGAGAAAUACUCAAUUCUUUCAGGCACGAUUUCUGUUAAUACACUAGCUCGGUUUCAAAAUGGACUAACUGUAAUCGAUUUAAUCGUAAAAGUCGCUUGUAUUCUAGUAAGUUUGAAUAAGCCAAUAAUUCAUUAAUCAUUUAGGCCAAAAUAACUUAUAUGUUAUUUGAA